UACAUGAAAUCAGUGAUUAAGAAAUGUGGCACGGAUAUUGUCUGGUUUUGCUCCUCCUCGGGGCAAACUCAAUCGCACAGCAGAAAUCUACAAAGCAUGUUGUCUGCUACCAGGGAACUUGGUCUGUUUAUCGACCUGGUCUGGGCAAGUUCGGCGUGGAGAACAUCGAUCCGUUCCUGUGCACCCACUUGAUCUACGCCUUCCUGGGCAUCGAGGAGACGGGUCAGCUGCGGGUGAUUGACGCCUACUUGGAUCUCGAGGAUAACUCUGGUCGCGGCAAUAUCAAAAGCUUCAAUGCCCUCAAGCUAAAGAAUCCCGUGCUCAAGACUUUGGUGGCGGUGGGUGGUUGGAACGAGGGUUCCAAACGGUUCUCUAUAGUGGCCGGAGAUCCCGUGAAGCGAGCCAAGUUCGUGGACGAUGUGGUCAGGUUCUUGCAGCGCCAUGGUUUCGAUGGCCUAGAUCUGGACUGGGAGUAUCCCGACCAGCGUCACAGUCUGCAGAACGAUGAUCGCUCUAACUACAUUACGUUUUUGAAGGAGCUGAAAGAGGGCCUGGAACCCUUUGGCUUCAUGCUCAGUGCCGCUGUGGGAUCAGCCCAGUUCUCCGCUGAAAUAUCUUACGACAUUCCGGCCAUUGUUCCGUAUCUGGAUCUGAUCAACGUGAUGGCCUAUGACCUGCACGGUCCUUGGGACGAAGUGGUGGGCAUCAAUGCUCCCCUGUACGCCGCUGCCAGUGAUGCCAGCGAUUCAACCGGCCGGAAACAGCAGCUUAACGUGGACGCCAUAGUCAAGUACUGGCUGCUGGCAGGUGCUCCGCCAGAGAAACUGGUCCUUGGGGUGCCCUUCUACGGACGCACCUUCACUUUGACCACCGCCGAGGGCAACCAGCCAGGAUCUCCGCAUAUUGGCAAGGGAAUUGCGGGGAAUUACUCCCGCGAACCAGGUGUCCUGGGCUACAACGAGCUCUGCGAGCUCAUGCAGCAGGAGGAGUGGACCCAGAAGUGGGAGUCCGAACAGCAGGUGCCCUAUGCCUUCAGGCAGCGCCAGUGGGUGGGCUACGAGGAUGCGCGUAGCCUGUCGCUCAAGGCGCAGUAUGUGAUGGACCACCAUCUGGCAGGCAUCAUGAUCUGGUCCCUGGAGUCGGACGACUUCCAUGGCACUUGUGGCCAACAGAGUUAUCCGCUGCUGCACGAAAUCAACCGCGUGCUCUUCGGCGGCAAAACUCCUUCUGGUUUGACCAACGAGUCGAACGAGGACAAGCCCAGUGAGGAGUUCUGCUGCCCGGCUGGUGCUCCUGAGGGAUAUGUUCGUGACCCGGAAAACUGCUCCAAGUUUUACUACUGCAGUGGCGGGAACACCCACAGUUUUGACUGUCCCAGUGGACUAAGUUUUGACCUGAACACCAAUAGCUGCGAUUACUCCGGCUCAGUAAAAUGCUAGCCUUUGUUUCCCCAA